AUGCACGGUACUUUGCAGAAUUUUAAUUCUCAUUCGAGGGCAGGUCCUUUGAAAAUUGAACUUUCUGGUGUUCAUAUUAGAUAUUAUAAUCAUUCUGAUUUUACUGAUCUCAUAAAAAUUGGAGAAAGCGGAAACGUUUAUCAAGCUAAAUGGACGGAUUAUCUUGAAAAAAUUACCUAUAACGAAGAUAAUUCAGAUAAACACAAAAUGAUUUAUGAUCUUAAUUUGCAUUCUGCAUCUCGCAUUUGCCAAAAAAAUGGCCAAGAGUUUCAAGAAUCUACCUUUGGAAUUGGACAAUCUGUUGUAUGA